GUGAAGCUUGCUAGCGUAUUACACGAGCAAAUCAAUCACACUCACCCGUUAGCUAGCUAACGUUACCUAAUUGCUGGAUCAGUAGCUUAUCUGGCUCGUAGCAUUGUUUUAUACUGGAUCGCAUUACCACCUUUUACUCUGCAGUUAUGAGCCGGACUCCGGAUGCAAGGGCAAGAGACAGCCAGACCAGACAGAUCCAGGAGAACAUCACCAACACGGAGAAGCACUUUGGAGAGAUGUGCCAACUGUUCGCAGCCUACGUGCGUAAAACGGCGAGGUUACGGGACAAGGCAGACCUACUGGUCAGAGAGAUCAGCAUCUAUGCGGAGACAGAAACGCCAAAUCUGCAGAGGGGUAUGAAACAGUUUGCAGACAACCUUGCCAAAGUUCAGGAUUAUCGUCAAGCAGAGGUGGAGAGGCUUGAAGCCAAAGUUGUAGAGCCUUUGAAAAGCUAUGGAAGUGUUGUUAAACUUAAAAGGGAGGACCUGAAGACCAGUCAGAGUGCCAGGAACAGGGAGUCUAAACAGAUGCAGCAGCUGGAGAGAAUGAGACAGAGAAACCCCUCUGACAGACAGAUCAUUUCCCAGGCUGAAAGUGACCUGCAGAGAGCCACGAUGGACGCCACGCGCACGACACGACAACUGGAGGAGACAAUAGACGCUUUUGAAAAGCAGAAAAUACAAGAUAUCAAGAAGAUCUUUGGGGAGUUUCUGACGGUGGAGAUGUCGUUCCAUGCCAAGGCGUUGGAGGCGUACACCACAGCUUACCAGAGCAUACACAACGUAGACGAAGAGGAGGAUCUGGAGGUAUUCAGGAGCCUGCUGCACCCCCCUGACUACCAGUCUCGCUUAGAAAUAGUGCGUGCUAAUUCCAAAACAUCACUCAAUCUGACUGCGUCUACCCUGAGUAAAACGGGGACCUUACAGCAAUCACUGACCCCGAGCAGACAGAGGAGGAGAGAGGACGAGGAGGGAGAUGACGAAGAUGUGGAUGAUGAAGAGGAAGAUGAUGAUCUUGAAGAAGUCACAGACGAUGAAUGAAUUGGAAAUCUGUUUUGAUUAGUUUCUUUUCAUUCAUGGUGGGAUGAGGUUUUCUAGCAAAUAGUGUGUUCUUUAUGGCCAUGAAAUGAUGUCCUAAACAGGGGCCAUAGGGCUCUGGUCAAAAGUAAGUGCACUAUAGAGGAUAUAGGGUUCUAUAGGGCUCUGGUCUAAAGUAGUACACUAUAUAGGGAAUAGGGUUCUAUAGGGCUCUGGUCUAAAGUAGUGCACUAUAUAGGGAAUAGGGUUCUAUAGGACUCUGGUCUAAAGUAGUGCACUAUAGAGGGAAUAGGGUGCCACUUGGGACAGAAUAGUAUUCACGUGAAGUGUUUUUAACCCAGAACAGCAGUUGUCCACGGUCGUUAUUAUUUCCAAUUCUGGAGCUGAAAUAAAUUAUAUGUUAUUGUUUUUAACCAUUUCAUUGACCAAAGGGAUGGUGGGAUAUCAAUGUCUAUGUAAUGUGGCAGUAUUAAUGUCUACUUACUUAUAUUUGUAUAUAACAAAGUGCCAAAUCUGUAUUUGUUUUGUGUGGCAAUGUUGCCUGUAUUGUAUAAGCCUUCCAGAAUAGAAACCUGUUGUUCUAUGGAAUAAAGUCAGUGGACUCAACAAUGGAAGU